AAGUCACAAAUCAACGCGAGCGGAUCUGCCCAGCUAUCUCCCAGCCGAUCUUCCAGUGGAUUAUUCACCAUGUUGCACAUGCAACUCACUGUGCUCUCCUGCCUUUUGGUCCUGGCCAGCUGUAAAAUUCAAAAACAAACUCCGACCAACAGUUGGCGGGAUAUGCUCUUCGGCAGCAAGUGGCUAACUCCUGCUCCACGUUGGCGCGAAUCCAAGUUUUUGCCCAUUUUCGCCCUGGUGCCCAUCGGUCCUGGUAGCUGUUCAGCGCCCUCCGGCGAACAGGGAAAUUGCAUUCCCAGCAAGGAUUGUGUGCUGCGGAAUGGCAUCCCCGCUGGUCCUUGUGGCGGCGGCUAUGGCGUCUGCUGCAUCUUUCUGCAGACGUGCGGCGGCAUCAUACGCGAGAACUCCACUUACUUUGUGAACCCCAAUCACCCGGAUGUCUACGAUGGCACCGGAAGUUGUCAGGUAACAGUGCAGAAACUGCAUCCGGACAUUUGUCAGCUACGCUUGGAUCUGGACAUGUUCUCGAUAGCUCCGCCAGAGGCAGCCAAUCAUCUGUGCAACCAGGAUCAGUUGCUCAUUUCCGGCGGCAGUCCCACGCCCACCAUUUGUGGCAGUUCAACGGGAGAUCACAUGUACAUUGACGCGGGCCUUGGCCAGAGCAACCCGAUUGUCUUGUCGGUGAUCACCAGCGGAAGUUUUCCGCGUCUCUGGCGCAUCCGCGUCACCCAAAUCCACUGUGGAAGCAUCAGUCGAGCGGACCAAGGCUGUCUGCAGUACUACACGGCAAUUAGUGGGCGUGUGCGCAGCUUUAAUUACAACACGGUGGGUGGCAGACAACUGUCUAAUCAGGACUACAGCAUCUGCAUCCGCAACGAGCGCAACUUUUGCGGCAUUCAGUACAACGCAUGUCCCGAUCUGGAGAACAACAGAUCCAGAUCCUUCACACUUACUGGCAACUCCAACAAUCCGGUGGCCACCAUGGUGGGUGGUGGUGGGGGUAUGCCACCCAACAUGAACGGUUGCAUUAGCGAUUGGCUACUGAUAGGCUGCAUUCGGUCGGCGGACAGGAUUCCACCGCUGCCAGGAUGCGAGGAUCGUGUUUGCGGAGGGACUUUUAGUGCGGAGGCCGGAAUGCUCGCCAAAACAGUGCAAUCAAGUGUUCGUCCUUUCCGGCUUUAUUUCCACACGGACGGAGUAGAAGCGCCCAAUGAUAUAGACAAUCGAGGCUUUUGUCUUGAUUAUGUUCAGCAGCCGUGCACAAAUGGUUUUUAGACACCAGCCCACAAGUAUGCAAUACUCUCUAACACAAAAUCCACACGAGUCCCACGCGACUAAAGUCGCUGGGAAAUUGUGAUUGGCGCUGCUAAAAUCGCAUGCAAAACGCACACAUUUUUCGUACGUAAUAAAUAUGUUUUAUUUAUUGAUUUUCGUAAUUAAGUUAGACAUAACAUUAAGGCUUUAGGAUAAUUUAGAAAGCACAAAUCGUGUCGUAUUUUGGUACAAAUUUAAUGAUGUAGUACAGGAUAUCGAAAUUUCUUGUGAUCCAAAUUCUAACAUUAAAAUCGUUUUCAACUACUAAUACAGGUUUAUUGAAUUACGUUUAAUUAAUAAUACUUAGCAGAAGCAAAAACAAAAAUUAAAUAACAGAAAAACACGAUGAAAAACGCUUUUGUUUAAGGACUUUCUCGUUGCAGUGUUGUUGUUGUUGUUGGUACUCCUUGCUGCCGUGGCAAAAUAUUAUUAAAAAUAUUAAAACAAGUACUAGUUAUGCGCACGUUGUCGUUUAAAAGGGGUAAUUUCUGGGUUCGCUUGCUCGCCUGAGAUCGCCAAUUUCAGUCUGUGCGCGUAGUGCCCGACUUGUGACGUCACUGGGGGAUGGGAUUAUCUCGGAUGUGAUGCGGGUAUCUACGAUAUGUAUGUACUUGUAUGUCCUAAUCCUAAUAGGUUUGUAUUAAGGCAGCCACGUGCUGUUUCUCCUCCUCGGUCAGACCGUUUUUCAGCGUGCGACGUAC